CCCAACACAAAUAACACUUUCAAUUUUACAAACAUCGGAUCCAAUGUAACGACGGCCUCGCCCAUGCUCAGUUCUGGAACCGUGCCGCUCGCCUCUCCUAGUUCGGGGGCGUUUUCCUUUUCCCUGUCAUCUUCGUCGUCUCAACCUUCAUCAUGCAGCGGAAACCCGAGCAACAGCAGCGGCAACAGCAACAGUGGUAACCGUGGCCCGGCGGCUCCCAUGCAACCCUCCGGCGGGGGUCACGUCUCUCACAACACCUCGUAUCUGCAUCCAUUUUUCCCACCCUCGGCCCCCAUGAACAUCCCACCUUCCUCGUCAUCGUCGUCCACUGCCCACCACAGUAUAGCAAUGCACCCGCUGGGUAACAUGGAAAUUCAGCACACGACAUCGAGGCCCUCUAGUGGAGGCUCCUCUGUCCCAACGUAUGGAAUAGGUCCUUCCAGUCUGAUGACCUACGGCAAUCAACCCAAGCUGGACAUACCCCCUAUUGCGAAAUCUCCAACAUACAACACAAGCACAUCCUCCAACAACAGUUCUGGGAGUUCCAAUGGCUCCGCCAAAUCUUCUGGCACGGGAAGCGGAACUGGAGGAGGCGGUGGGUAUGGUAACGGAACCAAACAGACAAUGGAUUCUUCUAGCGGGAAUCGUUACCCAAGUUCGAAGUCGACUCCAGAGUCCAUAUAUCAGCAACAGCAGAAGCGUCCGAACACCAUCCAGCACCCGCCUGCCGGCAUGAGCCAUAUGGAUCCUAUGGCCCACCUGUCCUCCGCGGCUCACGGCAACAGUUUCUUUCCAAUGGGUUUCCCGUCAUCAUCCUCUGCUUCUAUGCCGCUUCGACAUUUGCCGGACGCUCGGGACAUGCCAUCGAGGUCACCUUACGACUACACAUCAGUGAGCCAUCAUACCGCCAUGGGCUUCCCGCACCCCCACUCUCAGAUAGCAUCGGGGUACGGGCCGCCAUCGUUUGCACGCGAUUGUGCCAGGCUCGAGACCAGUCAUCACCAGCAACAACAGCAAGCACAACAGCAACAAGCACAACAGCAACAACAGCAGCAGCAACAACAGCAGCAGCAGCAACAACAACAGCAGCCCCAACAAUCCCCAAGAAAACAAGCGGCACCUAAAAAGUCAUCAUCCAGUCCCUCUGUUGCAGCCUCAAACACCAGCAGCACCAGCGGCAACAACAACAGCACCAGCAGUAGCAACAUCUCUAGCCAUAGAAGUGCCAACAGCAAUACUGGCAGCGCUUCAGGUGCAGGCUCCAACCUUGGUCAAGGUCACAGCCCAGCGACAUCGACCUCUGGCCGGGCCCAGCCCUCUCAUCAUUCGGCCCACCAACAAAGUGGUGCCAGUGCUGCCAGCGCUUCCGGUAACUCAUCUUCGUCAUCACACAACCGCAGCAGUGGGAACUCCCAGAAAAGGAAAAGCACGUCUUCAUCAUCUUCGUCCUCCAAGAAGAAGAACACCGCCUCUCAGCACAGUGGUUUUCCCACUGACGCCAUGGAUGCUAGCCUGUCACAGAACAUGUUUGAGACCCCGUUCUCCUAUCUCAAUUUCCCAACAUUGACCCAGAGCAUGUCUCCCCCAGCCGCCCGUCCCCACCAGACAGACACACCUUUCCUUGGUGGCAUGUUCAAUGCCCCUCCUAGACCCAUCUCCAACUCUGGAACCAAGACGGCCGACAUGGCCGCCUCACACUUCCCUCUCUUCCACACCAGGGCUCAGAAUUCAUUUUUUCAACCUGGUGGCUUUGGCAUGAACUCAAUGACAGGUAACCAUAGCAACGCAGCAGCCGGCAUCUCCCCCCACUCCAUGGGGGUGCCGCCCCACAUGUCCCCAUUUGGCUUAUUCGGCAAUGAGACUACCGGCACACCAGAUAAUAUCACUUCCAACAAAUUUCUCCACACAAGUCCCAUCCUUCCUGGUGGGCCACACCAGACUAUGGAUCAUUCACUGCAACAUGGUGCGCACCAGACUGCAGCAUCUUUAUACCACAGUCGCCCUCACUCUGCUCAAUCACAUAUGAUGGCCGCCUUUUACCAGCAUGGAUUUGACUCUCGGGGUCACAUGGGCCAACCAUUUAAUGGCUCCAUGGGGCCCCCUACUUUUCACACCCCUGGCCUCCCACCCAUUAACUUCUCUAUGCAUGAUUCCCACUGACAUUAGGCCCCCACCCCCCACUGACCGCCCCACCCCUCCGUUUCAUCCCUGAACUUUGACUGUAAACUUAUCAACGUUAACCACUUGUUAAUGUCAAGAAACUUCCAUUGUACAGAAUUUGUUCAUCAUAAGUUAUGCCAAGGACUCCACAAAAUAUUGUUACAAUCUGUGGGCACAUGAUGCCAACAUCCAACCUUGCUAAAGGUCUAACAACAACUAGAUACGCAUCUCAAAGUGGAUCAUGAAAUCACCUGGUCAUGAUGGAUGUCUUUUUUUGUUUCCAAGCCUAAAUUAAUGUGUUCCUGUUACGUAUGUUGAGCCCUGCUGUUGAGCUUCUAAUGCUACAAGUGCCAUGCUAAUUCCUUGUUGUCUGUGUACCGUACCAUCAUCUGUUGUCUCCUAGAUUAUUUUGAAUUUUUUUAGACGUUUGAAUUAGAUUUUUAGGUAUGCUCUUAAACCACA